CUGGCGCCCGUGAUGCUCCGGCACGAGUAGCUCAGAGUCUUUUUUGGCGACAUGAAGGUCGAGUGACGCCGCAGAGCAGCGCCACAACUUCAGCAUCAAAGGGUCGUCACUGGCUGGCAAUCAGCUGGAGGGUGGAGGCGGCUUGAGCGGAGCUUCUCAUGAGCAGCAGACAAGGUGCUGCUUGACCUGCGGAAACAACAUGAGACUAAGGUACUUCCUGAUGCUCUUGACCACCUCCACUGUUCUUGGGGGCGACCACACCGAGCGGUGCGGAGGGCGGGACUGUUCCACCUGUCAGUGCUUUCCAGCCAAGGGAGCGAUGGGGGACCCUGGGCCUCUUGGUGGACAGGGACCUCAGGGACCCCCAGGCUUCCCAGGCUCUCAAGGUUCUCCAGGAGAGAAAGGCAAGCGAGGGGAUGAAGGUCCAGCAGGAUCUCCGGGACCCAAAGGAGACAGGGGAACUGUUGGUGUUCCUGGCUUUCCUGGUCUAGAGGGAGUCCCGGGUCACCCGGGCCCAGGCGGCGGGCCUGGAUUUCCAGGUGUGGACGGAUGUAACGGGACUAGAGGGAGGCAAGGAGCUCCUGGACUUCCUGGAGAGGAAGGACCCAGCGGCGAAGUGGGUUUUCCAGGACCAAAGGGAUUUGCAGGAGAGGCAACGUUGUACUUCAUCCAGUACCCUGGAGUCCCUGGUGACGCCGGCUUUAGUGGACUUCCUGGUCUACAGGGUAAACAGGGUCCUCCUGGUCCGAGUGGAUUUAUGGGUCCUGCUGGUCCUGAGGGAGUAAAUGGUUUCCUCGGCCUGUCAGGUUCCAGAGGUCUGCCUGGUGAACGAGGUCGAUCGGUGGCGGGCCAGAAAGGAGAUGAGGGAGAACAAGGCUUCCAGGGGCCUCCAGGGCCGUUUGAGUAUGUUGAUCCCCCAGAGGACUUUUACAUCAAAGGAGAGCAGGGUCAAGCAGGCCCUAAAGGUGUGUGUGGACGUCAUGGCCUGCCUGGUUUGGAUGCGCUUCCUGGCAUCAAGGGAGAGAAAGGGAUUGUGGGACUUCCUGGACCCAGAGGAUUGGCUGGACGACCUGGUGUCUCUGGUAACAAAGGAGUGAAGGGGAUUGCAGGAAGUCCAGGUCUUCCAGGACUGAUUGGACGUGAAGGCCCAAAGGGCAUGAUGGGAGGUCCCGGUUUCAAAGGCCUCCCUCAGGAUUUUGUUGUCACACAUUCAGGUGACGCUGGAGAACCAGGGACGCCAGGACUGGCGGGUCCUCCAGGAGAUCGUGGCUUAAUGGGACCCCCCGGGCGGCAAGGGCCCCCUGGCAGAGCCAUACCUGGACUGCCAGGUGUGGUAGGAACAAGGGGGAGUCCAGGUACCUCUGGUGACAAAGGAGAUCCAGGUCAGCUUUACACAUAUCAACCAUUGCCUGGGGAACCUGGAAUACCUGGACGCCCUGGACCCAAAGGACUGAAAGGACUGCCAGGAAGGCCAGGCUAUUACUGUCUUCCCGGAACCCCAGGAGUGUCUGGAGAACCUGGUGAACAGGGGGCCCCAGGGUCCCCAGGGUUCCAAGGAUUCAAGGGUCGCCAAGGCGAAUGUUCCUGUGGUCCUUCAGUUGUAGUGAGGGGCGCCCCAGGCCCAGCUGGUGAACCUGGGUUGUUGGGAUACCAAGGAUUGCCUGGAGCCCAGGGGCCAAGAGGGGAGAAAGGCUUAGCAGGAGACACUGGAGGGAAUGGACAACAGGGCCUGGGUGGCUUACCGGGUGUCAAAGGGUUCAAAGGUCAAAAAGGAGACUUCAUUGUGGUGGAUAUUAAAGGUGAGAAGGGCAACAGGGGUGAGCCAGGUCCUUCUGGUAGACAAGGUUUCACAGGGAGAAGGGGUCAGGAUGGGCUACCAGGACUCCCUGGAAGCUCUGGAGCCAAGGGAGAAAGUGACGCCAGUUAUCCUGGGGAUCAAGGCUUUCCAGGUCCCUCAGGUCCCAAAGGACUACCAGGACCAACCGGCCUCCGGGGAUCAGAUGUGGUUGGUGCAAUAGGAAAACAGGGGGACCCAGGCGCUCCAGGGGCCCCAGGUUUCCCUGGCCCUCCUGGCCCGAAAGGUGUUAAAGGUGAAACUCUUCCUUGUGUACCUAGAAACCCUGGAGCACCGGGAGAGAAGGGAGAGACCGGCGAUAGAGGCCGCAGAGGACUUCCUGGUCCACCUGGUUUCAAUGGAAUCACAGGACCUGAUGGACCUAAAGGAGAAAAAGGACAGUCUGGACUUACUGGACCUCCUGGACGACCAGGACCACCAGGUUUUGUUGGAGAUAUUGGAGAUGAAGGACCUGAGGGAUUCAGUUUUGCUGGAGAGCCAGGUUCUCCGGGUGUACCUGGCACUCCUGGACUGAGAGGACCAGCUGGGGACUCCUAUGUAGGCCCCUCAGGACCUGUUGGCUUUCCAGGGCAACCGGGCUCUAUGGGACCUAAAGGAGUCCCAGGCCAACCUGGCAAACAGGGUUUCCCAGGUAUCACAGGUCUGCCUGGAGGUCCAGGGCCAAAGGGCCAAAGGGGACAGGACGGGGCACCUGGCAACAUUGGUCCCCCAGGCCCUAUCUCUGAUCUCUGCGAUUUUGGAAAGCCUGGUCCUGCAGGCCCUCCUGGUCCACAAGGAAUCAUCGGCCCCACAGGUUGUUCGGGGGAGAAAGGUGACAUGGGAGAGCCAGGAUCUCCAGGUUAUGGCCCCCGUGGCCCUGUGGGUAAACCAGGGUCUCCAGGUUUUCCUGGGUACCCAGGACUUCAGGGCCCCCUUGGCCCCAGUGGAGACUCUGGAUAUCCAGGGUGGGAUGGCCAAAAAGGUCUGAUGGGACCACCUGGUAACAGUGGUGUCCCAGGGGCCCAAGGAUUAGUUGGGGUCCCUGGAUGCCCUGGGAGGAAAGGUGAGAGAGGAACAAAUGGUCAAGAUGGAGCUCCAGGAUGUGAAGGCCCCAAAGGAGAGAAAGGCUUAAAGGGGACCCAAGGACCUCCUGGGGUGACACUGGUUGUCCCCAUCAAAGGUGUGAGAGGAAAACAAGGCCUCCCCAGUUUCAGUGGCUUCCCUGGUUCACGAGGAAAUAAGGGGUCACAAGGUCCUGUUGGAAAGCCUGGGUAUCCAGGCAUUGAUAUGCCCCCGGGAAUAAUCGGGUCCCCGGGUCCUCCUGGACGUUCUGGCAAACCGGGGAUUUCUGGAGCUAAUGGGCCUCCUGGACCUUCUGGCUUCAUUGGCUUCCCUGGUGAAACAGGAGACCCAGGUGACCCAGGAUCCCCUGGGAAGUCUGGUGAAGUCGGAUAUCGAGGACAUACUGGACCCAAAGGUGAUCAAGGAGAGUCUGUUAGUGGUUGUGGUUUACCUGGGGACAAGGGACCGCCUGGAGAAUCUGGACCUCCAGGUGCGCUUGGACUUCAAGGCGAUACUGGAGCAUUGGGUUUCAUUGGCGGUACAGGCCAGAGAGGGUGCAAAGGAGAUCCAGGACAGCCUGGGGAACAGGGACCAGCAGGUGUGAUUGGACCCCCAGGUCCUAGAGGUCGCCCAGGGGUUCCAGGUCUCCCUGGAAAUGCAGGUGCUGAUGGUCCCCCUGGACCCCAGGGCUUCUCCGGACUCCAAGGCCCUCCGGGACCACUUGGACUUCAUGGCCUGGAUGGACUGAAGGGAGUGAAAGGAGAUAUUGGUACUAGAGGUCUCAGUGUUCCAGGUCCUCCAGGUUCUCAAGGUCUUCCAGGAGAUAAAGGACCCCCUGGUCCUCCAGGUCCACAAGGUUCAUCACAACCCGGGCCUCCAGGACCCAAAGGCCCUCAAGGAUCUAAAGGGCCACAAGGACUAGUUGGCGCAUCAGGAGAAUCUGGACCUGACUGUAAAAGUCCUCCCCCAGGGGUCCUCGGAGAUCCUGGUGACCCUGGACCAGAUGGCAAGCCAGGUUAUCCUGGUGACAUGGGGGAGUCAGGACCUAACCCUCCAGUACCUGGGGACGAUGGGGACAAUGGAGACACAGGAUGCCCUGGCACAAAGGGAGAAAAAGGAUUUCCAGGGACCAAAGGAUUACCAGGCAUACGUGGACUUCCAGGGCCCAAAGGUGAACGGGGUUCUCCAGGCCUGAUGGGGUUACCUGGAAACCGAGGCCCUGGAGGUUGGCCAGGACAAGCUGGACCUCCUGGAUCUCCGGGCUGUACUGGGCUGGUGGGCUCAAAGGGGGAGAUGGGCAGAGUUUUUCCUUGCCCCACUUACCCUUCCCCCCCACAGGGCCCUCCAGGACCCCCUGGGCUACCCGGUCGACCAGGAAGUGCUGGUGUGCAGGGAGACAUCGGUCUCCAGGGACUCAAAGGUAAGAAGGGGGACGUUGGGUGUCUAGGACCACAAGGGCCUGAGGGGCCACCGGGUUCUGAAGGAGAGCCAGGUCGACAAGGCCUGCAGGGAGAGAGUGGGUUGGUGGGAGCCAAAGGUGAUCCUGGUUUUACUGGUGACCGCGGACCUCCUGGACCAUCAAAAUCAUUCAACGCAGGCUUCCUGAUGGUCAUGCACAGUCAGUCCAAAACAAUUCCUUCAUGUCCACAGGAGAUGAGGGUUCUGUGGGUCGGAUACAGUCUGCUGUACCUGGAAGGCCAGGAGAAGGCACACACUCAGGACCUGGGUCAGGCGGGUUCAUGUAUGCGAGUCUUUUCCACCAUGCCCUUCGCUUCCUGCAACAUGGGAACCUGCUCGUACGCCAGUCGCAACGACAAGUCUUAUUGGCUGUCGACAACGGCUGCCGUUCCCACCAUGCCUGUGGGCGGAGCCUCCAUCGAAGACCACAUCAGCCGCUGUGUGGUUUGUGAAGCCCCUUCUGCCCCUGUUGCACUACACAGUCAAUCAUCCACCCAGCCAGAGUGCCCCCCCAACUGGAGGAGCCUGUGGACCGGAUACUCCUUCCUCAUGCAUACGGGUGCAGGUGAUGAAGGCGGCGGUCAGUCUCUGACAUCAUCGGGAAGUUGCCUGGCGGACUUCCGGGCGCAGCCUUUUGUGGAGUGUCAGGGGCCUCGAGGAACGUGCCACUACUUCGCAAACAUCUACAGCUUCUGGCUGACCACCAUGGACUCUUCUAAGCCAUCGUCCGACACAUCUUGGUCGUCGAGCACAGUGAUGAUGGAGGCUUGGCAGCAGAGGAACAACAUUGGUCGAUGUAACGUCUGCAUGAAAAAGAGCGAGUGAGGGAGGUCGCCAGCCCGAGAGGGACAGAGCGCCUCCUCUGUGGCGUCACAUGACGCCGACCACCUGGCUGGAUCAGUUCACACCUGCUGGAGGGAACCGCACGCCACCACUUGACCACGCCUCCUGCACAUGUUCACUACAUGCGUGUAGACUUUUUCCAAGACUAAACCAGUGGUCAAAGCUUUCAACGAAACGUGACAACUCUCACUGCCCAGAAUAUUCUGUUGUAUGAAGACGGAAAUUUGGAGCAAAAACUUUUAGUUUAGGACCACACACAUACACACAUCAUCAUUGAAUUUGCAAAUACAUACACUAUGAAUAAUAAUAAAUUAAAAUUUAACUAUCUUUUGAAUUUCCUGUUCUCGGUGCAUUUCAUUUACCUGUCAUACAAGUCUAAAAAAACGGUCACCACUGUGCAUAAAAACAAAACAAUGUUCUCGCCCUUAACUUUGAUGAUGAGGGAUGACCGUGGUGAGGAAGACGGCCUCAGGCGAGGUACAAUGAAUCGGUUAGGCCCUAGACCGACGGUCAUCCAUUAUUAGUUGAAUUCUUUGAAUGGGGACACAUUGUACUCAACACACUCACUGAAAAAGUACUCAUGUCAGAGUCAACAAUUGAGUCAGUGAUCCUGAGUCAUUGAUGUAAAAGUCCAAGUAGAGCCUAAAGUCAUCAAAAUUGUGCCUUAAGUCCACAACAUAUCAGAAAAGACAAUGAUCACUGAUUUCCAAAGUCAAAGCUGUUAUGUGCGAAUAUCUUGUUUUGCCUACAACACAAAGAUCAUAGGUCUGCUUUCAUGAAGAAGAAAAUUUAAAAAUAUUCACAUUUGAGAGGCUGAAAUCAGAGGAUGUUUACAUUUUUAAAUAAAAUAAUCAAAUACCAACUUGCUUGCUGCUGUAACAAGUGAAUUUCCCUGCUGUGGGAUAAAUAAAGUACAAUACAAUAC